AUGUACAGUGAGGUACAGAGGGAUGGAAGAACUCUGGAUUUGAUUGAUGAUACUUGGAGAGAAGAUAAGUUGCCCUAUGAAGAUGUUGGAAUACCACUGAAUGAACUUCCUGAAGCAGAACAAGACAAUGGUGGCACAACAGAAUCUGUCAAAGAACAAGAGAUGAAGUGGACAGACUUAACCUUACAGUAUCUACAUGAGAACAUUCCCCCAUCAGGAAACUAA